AUGUGCCACCGCCAUCAUCACGACCAUCACUAUUGCUACUGCAUCACCCUCACCACAUCGCUUCCAAGACAUCCACAAAGGUCGUUGCAAGGCGCACAGCUGAGCAAGCAGAUCUUCGUCCGCGCACCCGCCCUCGACACCAUUCCCGCCUCACAACUCGGCCUCGCCUCCCACCACCUCGCUAGGCAUGCGGUGACCAACACUCGUUGGGCGGCUGCCCAUCUGCCGCAGCAGGAGAAAGCGUGCAUUGCUGGACCCUCUCGCCUCCCCACAGCUUCCGUUCCGCGCCAUGCUCAUUCGAGCUCCCACUCGGGACCCGGUUUCAUUCACGCCGCAAAGCGUGGGCCGCUCAGUACAAAUGAUUCCCGCACAGUAGCACCCGCGCCGUCCGCCACCCCUAGAAAGACGCAAAAGGCGCAGUACAGCCGCAGAGGCACCGACGCAAGCCCUCGCAGCACCCGUGCACAUGUACCCGACCGCCCCCAGCCCCACGGUAGCGAACCAGGACCAUGGUGGACUGGCGAAACAUCCUUCACCCAGGUCGACCGUACAUGCUCGGAUGCAAUGCUCGACCUAGAUCGCCACAUGGCAGCAUCGCAUUGGCCCUUCGGCCCCUCUCGCCCACAAGAUCUCUACCGAGACGCCUACCUUGCGCAUCCAGACCGAUUCGAUUGGAGAAGAAGAUGUACGGUCCCAUCGCAGCCCGUCGUCCGGUCCGGGUCCAAGUCGACACCGCUGCAGCGCAGAAAGGCAUCCGCCUCCAUGCUCAUUGGUGAGGAGAGCAAGUUUGCCGCCAAAGCCCGCCGCACGGCCGAGCGCAAGAUGGACGACCGCUCAUUCCGGAUGAGCCGCGAAAAAGCGGCGCAGCUCAUUCAGCGCAACGGCGAGCGCCAGCCCAUCCGAGAGCAGGCGCGGCUCUACCGACAAAACUGGACGCAGUUGCUCGACCAUGAGCGCAACCAAGAACUCGCUGCUAUCGCCGAAAGACGCAAGGCGCCCAUCGACAAGCUCGUCGACGAGGGUAUCGCCAUCGACGGCCUGCAGGCGUACUGGCAGGACGACAGUCGCCGUCAUUUCGGCAAAAAGGUUGCCGUCUUCAAGCUCGAUGCUGCCGAGCCGUUGCCUCGCACGCUUUUCCGGGCCGGAGACAAGGUCACCAUCAUGCCGUCCACAACGAGCGGCCCGUAUGCGGGGCAGCCGCUCGCCGAGGAAGAAGUGAUCGAGGCCGAGGUGGUGGAACGGCAGCGGACCUUUCUGCGACUCAAGUUUGACGAAAGGGACGAGGAUGUCGACCUCGUCGCAUGUCCCUCGUGGCGCCUCGACUAUGGCUUCAACGACCUCACGUUCGAACGCAUCAAGGCGGCGCUCGAGGCCAUCGAGCACGACGUCGAGUUCAUCGAGACGCAGUACGGCUCGCGCUUCCAGUACAUCCUCUCGGGCACGCGUCUGAGCGAUGUGAUCCUGGGCAUCGAGCCUCCCGCCGACCGAGUCACGCGCGGCGCAUUCUGGGAGGACGCUCGUGUGCAGAGCUGGUACGACCGAUUCUCGCGCCCCGAUCCUGUCGUGGUGGAUGGCGAUCCGCAGCCGCAACUCAACCGCUCGCAGACGCAGGCGGUGGCCAUGAUGCUGCGCGAGCGCGUCUCGCUCAUCCAAGGCCCACCGGGCACGGGCAAGACUCGCACGAUCGUCACCGCCAUCAAGCUGCUCAAGCAGGAGUUCCAGGUGCCCCACCCCGUUAUGCUCGCCGCACACACCAAUGUGGCCGUCGACAACCUUGCCGACGGCUGCAUCAAGGCCGGGCUGCGUGUGGUGCGCAUCGGCCCGUCGGCACGCGCGCGUGCGGGCAUCGACGAGUUUACGCUCGAUGCGCACUUUCUGCGCCAUCCGGCCAAGCCGCGCCUCGACGACAUCAAGCGCCGCAUGGACACGCUCGAAAAGCUCAAGAGCGACUACGAGAUGGUGCGAGGACCGGUGGCUGCGCCUGCUGUGCGAGACGAAGGCGAGGAGGGCAUUGGUGCUACAGGCGGAGGUGCGGCGCUGUCGUGGGAGGAUGUCAUGGCGGAGCGGGAGGAAGAGCGCGAGGUGGCACAGUUGCAAGGCGGCACGGCGUCCGAGGAGUACGAGAGCAUCAAGAAGCGGCUCAAUCGGCUCAAGGCGACCUACUUUUUCCUGCGCGCCUCGAUCCGCGGCGAGAUCCUCAACGGCGCCGAUGUGAUCUGCGGCUCGGCCAUCGCCGCUGGCUCGCCGGAGCUCGACAUGAUCGACUUGCCCGUGGUGUUCUUCGACGAGGCGUCGAUGGCGACGGAGCCGGUGUCGCUGGUGCCGCUCAUGAAGGGAUGUCGGCACCUGUCGAUCAUCGGCGACCACAAGCAGCUGCCGCCGGUGGUGACGAGUGCCGAGGCCAAGCAGGGCGGGCUGAGCAAGAGCCUGUUUGAACGGCUCAUCGAGAGCACCGCCGCGGACGGCAGCAAGAUCCCGUCGACCAUGCUCAACGUGCAGUUCCGCAUGCAUCCGCGACUCGCCGAGUUUCCCAACAAGACGUUCUACAGCGGCGCACUCGAGAACGGCAGCGGCACCGACAAGAUCCCUGCCGUCGAGUCGGAGUACUGGCCGCAGGUGGAAGGCAAGGACGAAGCACACCGACUGUGCUUUAUCGACCACAAGGGCCGCGAGUCGAAGGCGGACAACUCGCUGUCCUUGUGCAAUGUGGCCGAGGCGCGGCUGGCGGUGGAUGUGGCGAUGGAUGUGCUGCGACGCAAUCCGGAUCUGACGGGCGACGACAUUGGGAUUGUGACGCCGUAUGCAGGGCAGCAGAUUCUGCUCGAAAAGAUGCUGCACAACGACACGUCGGCCGAACGCCGGAGGGCAGCGGGUGCGCUGGGGGCGCGGUCGUCGCAGCUCGGAUGCAUCGAUGUGCACACGGUCGACGGCUUCGAGGGCCGCGAGAAGAAGGUCAUCCUCUUCUCCACGGUGCGCACAAACGCACAGGGCUAUGUGGGAUUCUUAGCCGAUGGGAGGCGACUCAAUGUGGCGCUCACAAGGGCGCAGAGCGCGCUCUUCGUGCUCGGCAACAUCGACACGUUCAAGAACGCCCAGCUGAGCGAAGCCGCCUACAGCCGCGUCGAGAGCCCGGACCUGGGCGCACUGAAGAGCUACGCCGAGUAUCUCGAGCAACAAGGCGCAGUCUACACCACCGGGCAGGCGCACAAGAUCGUCGAUACGGCCGAGCAUGACGACCAAGACGUCGAUGCGGCCGAGACGCACAGCCUGGCGGAUGCGGCCGAUUGGCAGCACGUAAUGGCCGAGCGCUCGAGCGCCUAG